CUGGGACACAGUGAAGGUCUAACCUGUGGUUUGCGGAGCGGUCGGGUGUAUUCUCAGCUCGCCCCCACGCCCUCGAGGCCCCCGCCGCCCGACCAGCGGCGGAGGCAGCCAGUGGCUCCUGCGGCGCCCUCCCGCACCGGAUCGCUCCUCGCUGGGGCGGGACCUGGCCCGGCGGCUCCGGCCAGUAUGAGUGAAACAUCUUUCGACCUAAUAUCAGAAAAAUGUGACAUUCUAUCAAUUCUUCGGGAUCAUCCUGAAAACAGAAUUUACCAGAGGAAAAUCCAGGAACUCAGCAAGAGGUUCACCGAGAUCCGCAAGACCAAGGGGGACGGGAACUGCUUCUACCGGGCCCUGGGCUACGCCUACCUGGAGUCUCUGCUGGGGAGGAGCAGGGAGGUCCUCCGGUUCAAAGAGCGUGUCCUGCAGACCCCAAAUGACCUUCUGGCCGCCGGUUUUGAAGAGCACAAGUUCCGAAACUUCUUUAAUGCUUUUUACAGCGUGGUAGAGCUCGUAGAGAAGGACGGCUCCGUGUCCAGCCUGCUGAAGGUGUUCAACGACCAGAGCGCCUCCGACCGGAUCGUGCAGUUUCUGCGCCUGCUCACCUCAGCCUUCAUCAAGAACCGCGCAGACUUCUUCCGACACUUCAUCGACGAGGAGAUGGACGUCAAGGACUUCUGCACUCAUGAAGUGGAGCCCAUGGCCAUGGAGUGUGACCACAUCCAGAUCACAGCCCUGUCCCAGGCUCUGAACAUCGCCCUGCAGGUGGAGUAUGUGGACGAGAUGGACACGGCCCUGAACCACCACGUGUUCCCCGAGGCUGCCGCCCCUUCCGUGUACCUGCUCUAUAAAACAUCCCACUACAACAUCCUCUAUGCAGCCGAUAAACGUUGAUUACUUUUAGGCCA